AUGUCGCCAACCGAUCCUUACGUCGGAUACGAAAUAAGCCAGGAAGCUAGAAUCAUUUUCAUCGUCAUCGGUAUAUUCUACGUCGUCACGGGUACGUUUGGAAACCUCCUAAUCAUUGUAACCGUGACAACCAAUCGUGUAUUCCGAACCCUCCACGGUAUCUACAUCGUCAACCUUGCUGUGGCAGACUUGAUAAUUCUAGGAUACGUUGUGUCAUACCUCCUGGUGGAUCUAAUGACGGGCAGGUACUCAGUAGCUGGACCAGGACACUGUGUCUUUAACGGGUUCCUUAUCGUGUGCGCCUACGUUGCGUCUCUCCUCACCCUCACCGUCAUCUCAGUAAACCGCUACCUCAACGUAUGCCGCAGCGAAACAUACCGACGUGUCUUCACGAAAUACACGACUAUUACAAUCUGUGUUUGUAUAUGGGUCGUUGCAGCACUCAUGACUCUUCCUCCGCUGGUUGGCUGGGGCCGCUUCCGGUAUGACCGGAAGUUGCACUACUGCGGAUAUGACCGAACAGCUAACUUCGGUUACACUCUUUGUCUCCUCACUGGCAGCAUCGCCGCUCCAGCCAUCAUCAUUUUCAUCUGUAACUUCUUCAUCUACCGCUACGUCAGGAAUGCCAAAAACAGAAUCAGACAGGUUGGGCUGUCGUCGAACAGAGCCCCCAAGCAUUCCGAGAUAGCCCUGAUCAAGACACUUUUUGCCGUAUUUCUCUGUUUUGCGGUUCUAAUGAGCCCUUACAUGAUCGCUACCAUCGCUGACAAAGACGACACAUGGCCUGCUACCGUCCACAUCGCCUGCUCAUACACCUCCUUCACCAACUCAUGCGUCAAUUGGUUCCUCUACGGUCUCAUGAAUCGCAGCUUUAGGGAUGGCUACAAGAAAACACUGCUCUUCUGGCGUCAACCUUCACAACGGCCUUCUUUCAAUAAUCAGGGAGCUAACGCGCUUCCCAACACGUCCAAUAGCAGUAACCGAAACAGAUCGGCAGAAGAGGGGUCCUGUGUCAGCCAUAUUGCACAUUCGGAUAACAAUUUCCUCACUGUCAAGCCAUACACACACUGUCCUAAACGGGAAAACACAAGUAUGUGA